AAGGACGUUUAGUAUCUUGUUCCAUCUGGUGGUUUUAGAAUGCAUUCGCGUGGACUUUUACAGGCACGCUGCCUAACCCCAUCUGGCAGGUUGGGGGUUGCAUACGGUCCUGUAACUCCUCUGCGAGCAUAUGCGGGUCUAGCGUUCAAUGCACCGACAUCUCAACCUGACGCCUCCGUACAGGGCGUUGAAACCCUGAAUCGCAAACCACGGAUAGAUAUCACCGCGGGGUUGGAGAACAAGGCGAGUGUACCUGAGGAGAGCAGCAAAGGAGAGGGCGUGGAAGUAGCUGCAGGUCUUACGAGUGCGACCAAAUGGCUUAAAGUACCUCUACGUGAUGAGCCGGUGUUUGAGGUGGUCAGCACUGGGCCGGGGUCUGUGAUUGUGGCAAAGGUUCCUCCUUCUUCACACUUUUACACGACGGUGAACACGGCAAUCGGAUUCUCCUCCGGGAUCGAGACGGGAUUAUCCACUGAAGGCGGCCCCAUACAGGCCGUCUCACGGAAAUUGGGAGGCGGAGCUUUGUUUUGGCAACGGUUUUGGACGACCGGUGCCCCAGGAGAUGUUAUUAUCGCUCCAAAGCAGAUUGGAGAUAUCGCGGCUAUCCCCAUGGAUGGUACAUCAGAAUACUACGUGCGUCAAAAGGCGUUCCUAGCCGCAAGUCCUGGACUUGGCGUGUCCAGCUCACCAAAGGGGUUUGGAUUGGGGGUGGAUGGAAUCUUCAAUUAUCGUGUAAAAGGGAAAGGAACAUUAGCGAUCACCUCGUAUGGAGGACUGUAUCGCCUGGUAUUGGCACCUGGAGAAGAAUACAGGGUAGAUCCUAGCCAUAUCAUUGCAUGGGAUGCCUCCAUUGAUCCCAAGCCGGCCAAUCAAGCCCAACGAGCGGUCAAGUCCACUAUACCGAAAUUCAAUAUCUCGGAGAAAUUGAAACGGCUAGUACAAACACCGGGAGCAAGAGAAGCAAAAGAGACAAAGAAGGCUUUGAAUGAUGCACCAAAGGUCGCUCCAACAAUAAAUUCCGCGCAAGAGAUUGCCAGCAAGCUUCUAAAACGGACAGCGGACGCAACCUUGCGCGUAACUCGUUUCACUUUCUUGCAUAUCAAGCAGUGGUUGUUUGGUGACAGGGGAUAUUACCUAUUACGGGGACCUGGAGAUUUCUACAUUUCAUCCCGAUUGCGACCGUCGCUAAUGUGGCUGAAAGACAUUCCCGCAAAGAACACGGUGGAGACUCUGCAAAUACCUACUGCUGCACAAACAAAGCCACAACCGGCAGCCCCCACUCAAUGAGACCCAUUCAAAAUAUGAUAGUGUAUAUUGUCCACUACCUUUCAAAAAUGAGAACCACAUAUCUUCAUAUAUGGCACAUAAAGAACAUGGUGAUAUCCAGAGGUUUACAAUGAUAAGUCUCAGAAAGUCGGUAAUAGAUGCCUGCAUGAUUUCUGCA